GUCACAGCUAUUGACAGUAUUACUGGUCGCCGCGGGCCGGCUCGUCGAAGUGUAAAUUUGACAUUUUUACUCAGCAGGUGACAGGGACCCAGGAGGCAGACAUGGCUGGCGCAACAGCACCGAAGCGACAGGACACCCGGAAAUUUUUUGAAAAUCUCUCCGGGGCCGGUAAAUCCAUCGCAGUGCUGACCAGCGGCGGGGAUGCCCAAGGUAUGAAUGCAGCUGUCCGGGCUGUCGUCCGGAUGGGCAUCUACGUGGGAGCAAAGGUCUACUUCAUCCAUGAGGGUUACCAGGGGAUGGUGGACGGUGGAGACAACAUCAAAGAGGCAAAGUGGGAAAGUGUCUCCAGCAUGCUGCAAGUGGGUGGAACUGUCAUCGGCAGCGCCCGCUGUAAAGAUUUUCGUACCCACGAAGGCCGCUUGAAAGCCGCACACAACCUUGUGCAGCGCGACAUCACCAACCUGUGUGUGAUUGGUGGAGACGGAAGCCUGACUGGAGCCAACCUGUUCAGGGAGGAGUGGAGCAGCCUGUUGGAUGAGCUCCUGCAGCAAGGUUUGAUUGAUGAGGAGGCCGCCCAGAGAAACUCAGAGCUCCACAUUGUCGGUAUGGUUGGCUCCAUCGACAACGACUUCUGCGGCACUGACAUGACCAUCGGCACCGACUCGGCCCUGCAUCGGAUCAUUGAGGUGGUGGACGCCAUCAUGACCACUGCCCAGAGCCACCAGAGGACGUUUGUUCUGGAGGUCAUGGGUAGGCACUGCGGAUACCUGGCCCUGGUCAGCGCCCUGGCAUGUGGAGCAGACUGGGUUUUUAUCCCAGAAAUGCCCCCCGAAGAUGGAUGGGAGGACAACAUGUGUCAAAAACUGUCUGAGAAUCGUGCUGAUAAGAAAAGGCUGAACAUUAUUAUUGUAGCUGAGGGUGCCAUAGAUCGCCACAACAAACAAAUAACCCCCGAUUAUAUCAAGGAUCUGGUAGUGCGCUGCCUGGGUUUCGACACCAGGGUUACAAUCUUGGGCCAUGUGCAGAGAGGUGGAACACCCUCUGCCUUUGACAGGAUCCUGGCGAGUCGCAUGGGGGUGGAGGCAGUGCUGGCAUUACUGGAGGCAUCUGCCAACACCCCGGCCUGCGUCGUGUCUCUGGUUGGCAACCAGGCCGUUCGACUACCACUUAUGGAGUGUGUUCAGAUGACUCAAGAAGUACAGAAAGCCAUGGAUGAGAAAAAAUUUGAAGAGGCGGUCAGACUGCGUGGCAGGAGCUUUGAAAACAAUCUGAGUACCUACCGACUCCUCUCCUGCCGCAAGGCAGAUUCUGAACUUCCAAAUAGCUCUUUUAAUGUGGCAGUAAUGAACGUUGGUGCUCCGGCAGCAGGUAUGAAUGCUGCUGUUCGCUCUGCUGUCAGAGUGGGGAUCACUGAGGGCCACAAAAUGUUUGCCGUAAAUGAUGGCUUUGAGGGAUUCUACAAAGGACAGAUUAAGGAGAUCAAAUGGGGAGAUGUUGGUGGUUGGACUGGCCAGGGUGGGUCGCUGCUGGGGACAAAAAGAACUCUUCCAGGAAAACAUCUGGAUAAGAUCGCCGAGCAGAUGAGGAUUCAUAACAUCAAUGCUUUGCUCGUGAUUGGAGGAUUUGAGGCCUUUGAGUCCAUUCUGCAGCUGUAUGAGGCCCGGGCUGACUACGAGGAGUUUUGCAUCCCGAUGUGCAUAUUGCCUGCUACCAUUAGUAACAAUGUUCCUGGCACUGACCUCAGUAUUGGAGCCGAUACAUCCCUCAACGCCAUUGUGGAGACGUGUGACCGCAUCAAACAGUCUGCUAGCGGCACCAAGCGGCGAGUUUUCAUCAUCGAGACGAUGGGGGGCUACUGUGGUUACCUGGCCACUGUGGGUGGUCUGGCUGCAGGCGCUGACACUGUCUACAUCUACGAGGAGCCAUUUGACAUCCGGGACCUUCAGGCUAACGUGGAGCAUCUGACGGAGAAGAUGAAGACGAGCAUCCAGAGAGGACUGGUGCUCAGAAAUGAGAACUGCAAUGAGAACUUCACCACUGACUUCAUCUACCAGCUUUACUCCGAGGAAGGACGAGGAGUGUUCGACUGUAGGAAGAACAUCCUCGGUCACAUGCAGCAGGGAGGAGCUCCAUCUCCCUUUGAUAGAAACUUUGGCACCAAAGUUGCAGCUAAAGCCAUCCAGUGGAUCACACGGACUCUCAAGGAGUCCUACAAGGGAGGGAGAGUGUUUGCUAACUCGGAGGAGACUGCCUGCCUGCUGGGGAUGCGUCGCAGAGCUAUGGUCUUUCAGCCUGUGGCGCAGCUCCGGGACGAGACUGACUUUGUCCACAGAAUCCCUAAGGAGCAGUGGUGGCUGAAGCUCCGCCCUCUAAUGAAAAUCCUGGCCAAGUACAAGACGAGCUAUGACGUGUCUGACUCCGGCCAGCUGGAACACGUGUCACGGAUCCGACCCAAAGACAGCAACACCUCGACGGCCAUCUGACCUGCCUCACUCCCACAAGCAGGCAGGUUCACUCCAACAGGACGACAGCUUCACAAACAGUGACGGCACUCACGGGUCAGCUGCUGACUGCAAAUAUAUUAAGGUAGAUUAUAAAAGAUAGGUUAUUUUAAAAAGAUCUAUUGAGUGGUCACAGCACUUUUCAGAGGGGAUUCUAUAUUUCGGGUCAUGGCAUUUGAGAUUUUAGUUAGUAUGAACUUCCCACAGCACUACUAUUUUAUUUUCUAGAUCCCUAAAGGUAUUAUGAACAUACAGACAUUAUAUAUGAAACUGUCUUCAUUAUGUACUGUAUAAGUAUUUAGAUUUUUUCCCAAAAAGAGUAGCUAAAUCUAAUUUUAUUACCCAGCUGAGCGAAUUUUGUGUUGUGUAAACACAGCUUGGCUGAAAUCCAGCUUUUGUCACCUUUACUUUGUACUGCACUUUGAGCCCCAUAUUUAAUAAGAUCCCCUAAAGCUGCUUAUUAAGAGAGAAUAUAUAGGAUCACAUGCUUUCUGUGUCACACCUCAAAGUGUCGGCCAGGCUGAUUGUAAAAUGCUGAAAACUUGAAGGAAUUUACAGGAUGUUUCUCUCGCUUUAGAACGAGCUGGUUGUGUGUCCUGUCACCUGCUAAUUAUACGUGUUUUGUGUUGUUGCCUUUGGUCUUUGUAUCCACCCUGGGCUUUGUGUCUGGCAUCUUGUAGUGAUUAUUUGUGAGUAGGGUCCAAAUGGCUGUUGCUGUAGCUCAACAGUGAAGCGGAGACUACACAACAUUUAUGUGUCGGCAGCGUGAUGUGUUCUUUCACAGAGUAAUAAAGCAUUUAUUGUGUGGAAACCA